AAACAUAAUACAGUGCAAACAAACCAAAACCAACCACCCACAGAUAACAGUAACAUACAAGCAAGCGUCGUCAGGCAGGCCGGGUCAAUAUCAAUUGGCAGGUAGGUAACAGGGGGAGCAAGCGGAGAAUGGUCGGGGUCACAGGCCAGGUUCAGCACCGUAGCAAGCAGCGUAGUACAGAGGGUCAAGCAGAGGGAUGGUCAGGUGUCACAAGCCAGGGAUCAGAACAGGACAGGUAGCAAGCAGCGUAGAACAGAGGGUCAGCAAAGGAACAGAAACAGGAUGCUGGGACAGAUACAGGGCCCAGGACAAACACACACCAAGGCAGAUCUGUGGGUCUGGCCAU